CUGCAGCGCCCCCUCAGGCUGAGAUCGGUACUGCACCGAGCGGCAGCGCUAGUUAGAAGAAGGAGGCGUGUGACAGAAGCACACGGCUAACAGCGAAAACAACCCAAGUGUGUGUGAGUGGUCCCUUAAACAGCAACCGUGCCCCGCCGCGCCCCCACCCCCAGCGGAGCCGUCAUGUGGCAAGAGGCCCGCAAACAUGAGCGCAAGCUCCGUGGCAUGAUGGUAGAUUACAAACGCCGAGGAGAGCGACGGCGAGAGUACUACGAGAAGAUAAAAAAAGAUCCAGCUCAGUUUCUUCAGGUUCAUGGCCGAGCGUACAAGAUUCAUCUGGAUCCUGCUGUGGCCACGGCUGCAGAGAGCCCCAUCAACAUGAUGCCAUGGCAAGGAGAUGCCAACAACAUGAUUGACAGGUUUGAUGUAAGGGCUCACCUAGACUACAUCCCUACAUACACUCCUCCACUGCUCAGCACAUCGACCCCAGAGCAGGAGAUGGAGGAGAGGAAGUGCAAUUAUGAGCGAUACAGAGGCCUAGUGCAGAAUGACUUUGCCAACAUCUCUGAGGAGCAGUGUUUAUACCAGAUCUACCUGGAUGAACUCUACGGUGGCCUGCAGAAACCAAAUGAGGACGAGAAGAAAAAACUGGCUGAAAAGAAAGCCACCAUUGGUUACACGUAUGAAGACAGCACUGUGAUGGAGCCCGACCCCCAGUCAGACAAAGAUGAGGAUGAUUCAGAAAACAGCGAAUCGGAAGAGGAUGAGGGCAUCCCAGAUAUUGAUGUGGAGGUUGAUGUGGACGAGCUGAACGAGGAACAGGUGUUGGACGUAAACAAAAUGGCAACCCCAUACGGGAUGGCUGAAGGAGACUUUGUUAGGAUGUUGAGGAAAGACAAGGAGGAAGUGGAGGCCAUCAAACAUGCCAAAGCUCUGGAGGCGGAGAAGGCCAUGUACUCUGGCCGGCGUUCCCGCAGACAAAGGAGAGAGUUCAGAGAGAAGAGACUAAAAGGAAGACAGAUCAGCCCACCAAGCUAUGCCAGGAGAGACAGCCCAACAUACGAUCCCUAUAAACGGCCAGAGAUGGAGUCCAGCUCAGAGUCGCGGUCACGCUCUCGUUCUCCCGGUCCGGAGAAGAUCACCUUCAUCACCAGCUACGGAGGCAGCGAUGAUGAAGCAGUAGCGGCGGCAGCGGCGGCGGCGGCAGCAGCAACAGCAGCGGCAGCAGCUGCAGCAGCAACACAAUCAGCUGCUCCCCACUCUGGACACGCUCCCUCCAGCUUGCAGCACCCUGCAGGUCAUAGCAGGGGCUCCCGGAGAAGAAGGUCAUCCUCCAGUCGCUCCCCCUCCUCCUCCUCCCGCUCCUCAUCGCGAUCCUCCUCCCGCUCUUCUUCCCGUUCCCGCCGCGGUCGACGUGGGCGCGGCGGGAGGGACGGGCGGCGGUCCCGGAGCGAUGGGCGGCGAUCCCGGAGCCGAUCGCGGUCGAGGCGGCGUUCCAGAUCUCACUCACGAGGCAGAGCAGGGAACGGAGGGGCCGCGUCCUGGAAGAGGCGGGACCGGACACGAUCACGGUCCAACGACAGAGAGCGAGGGAGGGACCGGGACCGGGACAGGAAACGGUACUCGGCACGCAGGCGGACAAAGUCCCGUUCCAGCUCACGGCAGGGGGGCAGCUCGAGGCGAGGGGGGCGGAGCAGUGGGGGUCAUCGGAGGGCCGACAGCGGCAGCAAAAGCCCCUCCCGGUCCCCCAGUCGCUCCAACCGCACUCCCUCCCCUCACAGAGGAGCCCCGCCCUCUUCCAACACCAUCUGUGACAAGCUAAGAAAGCCUGAUACUCCGGGUGGUAAAGAGACGGGAGCUGCCAAAAACAAGAUGACCCCACAGGAGAAGCUGAAGAUCAAAAUGCAGAAGGCGCUCAACAGGCAGUCCAAGGCGGAUAAAAGAGCGGCGCAGGUGAAGGUCCAGCAGCAGGAAAGCAAACGACAGGAGCGAGAGGGAGAGCUACGAGCCAUGGCACGCAAGAUACGCAUGAAGGAGCGAGAGAGACGUGAGAAGGAGAGGGACGAAUGGGAGAGACAGUACGGGCGUCAGAGCCACUCGCCUUCCCCUUCCAAACAUGGCCGAGAGCACAGCUCACACAGAAGGUAUGCGAGAAGCCGCAGCAAUCCCAACAGCUCCGAUGAAGCAGAAUGAAUUAUGGAGGUCUCGGUCCCAGUCACGAAGUCCACCCUACGGAUACUGAGCGGAGGGAACAUGGACGCCUCCUACAGUCCCUUCAGUACACAGCCAUGUACACUUAUUCUAACAAACGGCCAACAAAUGUGAAAAGAUGGAGUGAUCAUGAUACCAACCUUUACUUGAACACUCUGUCCUCUGGUAUGUGUCCACAGAUAUAAUAUUUGGACUGUGAUAGCUUUUACUUUCAGUUAUCAAAGCCAAUAGGUUCAGCGGAGCGAAGUUUGAUCUGCCCUUUUCAUUUUUGAUUCAACUUGUAAAAAGUCUUCAGCUUUAAUAAAUUAGUUUCUUCUUCUGCAUGCUCCUUUGUUCUUUCUCUGCCUGAACAGUUCUCAACUCGUCUGGAGUUGUUAAUUUGUAUUUCAAUGUACAUAAUAAGCAACAUCUCACCUUUUCACCUCACAUCGUCUCCAUGUCAGCCUUUCUUUUUAUUUCUCUGACGAGCUCACACUACAGAACAUUUUAACAACCUCUCAAGAGCCGAUGUACAGGAUAUUUAUACUUAUCCAUUUAAAACUUCUUUAUUAAAGGAAACAAACUCCCUGUAUAAAUUCAAACUUUAUCCAGCGCUCCUUUUAUACUCUGUCCUCUGCUAACCGGUUUACAGCAGCAUAUAGCCUUUUGGUUUUCAGCUAAAUGGAAUGUAAAAUAUGGAACAAUAAAUAAAACUCACUUUGAAACUA